AUGGGAUCGCGAAAGCGCACCCGCUCCGAAGCCAUCCCCAUGGACCAAGACGCUCCAGAGGAGCAGAGCCUGCUCACCCAGAUAAGGAGUACCUGGGAAUUUGCAAGUCUCAUGCAGUACAUCGCCAUCUUCGGGCAGGUGAUGAAGAUAGACGAGGAAUUUGAGAUCGAGCGAUGUCCUUCGUCCGGUCGGAAAGAGGCUGACAACUUGCCCUUCUCUCGUUUACAGGAUCUCGAAGCCGAAUGCCUUAAACCGGAACCUUCUCAUAAGCUUUUGGAAAUUGGAUUGUGUUUGCUGAAGUGGAUCUCGUCGCAUCGCGGCCUCACGUAUGAGAAUUUCGACGAGUAUACUCGCCGCCAGUACAAUGCGAAAGCACCCAAUACUACGAAUCCCUUUGGAUACGAUGAGGAGCCGAAGAAGUUUAUGGAUUUUGAUGUUUUCCUUAAGCUUCGUGUUCUUCAUGCGUUGAGCACUUGGACUUUUUGGAAUGCAGACCGUAUUCGCGACAAGAUGCCCGAGAAGCGAGAGACUGAUCAGCUGGAAUGGCGCAUUGAGGAGUUUGGUUGGGAUCGUGAAGGCCGUUCAUACUACGUUUUAGAUGAUAAUCGUUUGUACCGCCGCACCGAUCGUCCUGCGCCUCCGCCCGUUCAGCGUCCUAAGAAGAAGGCGAAGGGUAAAUCUUCUCGAUCGUCGAGGGCGUCCAAGCGUGCGUCCACGGCGGCUGCGGAAGAAGGAUCCGACGAGGAGAAUAAGGAUACGAUUGAUGAUGAUCCUGCUGCGGCCUUUGCUGCGGAUCCCUUCAAGUGGGAGUGUCUUGCUGUUACCCUCGAGGAGUAUCAGGCUUUCUUGGAGCCGCUCCAGAAGACUAAGGAUGCGGAUGAGAAGGCCCUUCGGUCUAGUGUUGAGGAUCACAUCUUGCCUAUCUUGGAAAAGGCUGAGGAGGCGUCUCAGCGCAAGCGCGCCAAGCGUGACAAGGAACUCCUGAGCUUACAGCUUGUCGCGGGUGCCAAGCGGUCCAGCCGACUUGCUGCUAAGCAGGAACAGGAGCGACAUGAACGAGAAGCCGAAGAAGCUGCUCGGAAACAUGACCAUGACCUGGCUGAGGCUCGUAGGGAACAGGCCAAGCAUAGCCAAUUCGAGGACGACCGUCAAUCUCGCAUGAUGACUCGCGAGCAGCGCAUCAAGGACCGUGAGCAGAAGCGCAUUCUGCACGAAGCAGAGCUUGAGCGCAUCGCCGAGGAGCAGGAGAAGCUUGAAAAGGGCGAAAGCAGGGCCUCUGCUCGAAACCUCAAGGCUGAGCUGGAGAAGUCGCAGAAGAACUUGGCGGAACUUUCUCAGGAUGACCAGUGGAUCUUUGAUUGCUCUGGCUGUGGAGUGUACGGGGAGAAUUUGGAUGACGGGAGCCACAGCGUGGCCUGCGAGAAUUGCAAUGUGUGGCAGCAUAGCAAGUGCCUCGGUAUUUCUCAACAAGCCGCCGAAAAAGACGACUUCCAGUUUGUUUGCCACGAUUGCAAGCAGAAGGAACAAGACGCCAACAAGCCCAAGCUUCCACCCCUGAAAUUCCGCGUCAGCGCUUCGGCAUCUCCAUCAGCUUCUCCCACUAUCGGCAAUAAGCGUAAGAUGAAGGUUGAAGAUGACCAGGUGCCACCUUCGCCCGUGAAGAAAUCCCAUACAGCUCUUUCCAACAUCCAGAAUGAUCUCCCAAGGACGCAGCCUUCUCUUCCGCCUACUCUAAACCAUGGUCAUUUCUAUCCUCCUCCCUCGCCUCAGCGUCCGGCCCAUCACACAAAUCAGACACCUUUGCCUUCGUCAAGCCCUCCCCGUCCUCCAUUUUCUCCUCCCAAGGGUAUGAAUGGUCUGCUACAUUCUACGGAACAGAACCCCCGACCUAGCUCUGCCCAACAUCACCUGCCGCCUAUGAACGCGGCACCUCACCUUCCUCCCAUCGGAUCGUUCCAAUCCGUACGACCCUCAUCCUCUCACUCUAACCAGAGUCCCGUUCAGAACCAGCCAUCCAUGUCGCCUACACAAGGUAACCCCGAUGUUGGCCCUCUCGCUGGUUUCCCUCUUGUUGCUCCUCACGCCUCAUCUCCGUGGAAUUCCUAUGAUACCCAUGCGACUCCACGCCCCCAGUCUGGCCAUGGCGUCACCAACAUCUCGGCAAUGUCUCACAACUACCCAUCUUUCUCUGCCGCGACGCCCAACGGCAACCACUCCUCACCUCCCCAGAGCUCCCACGGCCUGAUGUCAGGAAUCAGUCCAACCAAGCAGUCUCCUCGACCGGUGACUUCUGGUAGCAUGGCAGGUGCUCCUAUACUACCGCCAAUACGCCGAUUGGAGCCGAGCCCCAAGCUCAUGGGCCGCAGCUCCCCGGAUGCUCCUAUUCCUCCUCCUGUGAAAUGCAUGACUCCUGAGCAGGAAGAACGCCGCCAGAGAGAGAAUGCCUCAAGGCUACACCACGCUCAUGGCUAUACCAAUGGUCAGCAUCUGAUGUCGUCACCAUCGCUAAACCGCAUUCCUCCUCUGGGCUCUGGUGCUGUUUCUCAGUACCCUGAUCCGGUUCCCUCGCCUCAGCGUGGAAGCAAUGGCCAUGGUCAGUAA